AUGAGCUCGAGUUCCGCCGCCACCCAUCCCCCGCCGCCUCCUCCGCCCACAGUAGUGGCACAUGUGGACCAAGAUCAAGUCGCCCAAGUCGCACCUCAAGCAUCCCCAGUGUUGAUCAAUGCGCCGGUACUUGCCAUUGUUGGCUGCACCGGCGUCGGAAAGUCCAAGCUUGCCAUCGAGCUCGCAGAGCGCUUCAAUGGCGAAGUGAUCAGCGCAGAUUCCAUGCAGAUAUACAAUGCACUGCCAAUCGCAACCAACCGGGUCACAUUGGAAGAGCAAGAGCGUGCAGUGCACCAUCUACUGGCGCAUGUCGACCCGUUCGACGAAAGCUACACCGUCGUGCGAUUCCGCGAUGAAGCGCUCGCCGCGAUUGCGCAGGUGCAUGCACGGGGAAAGCUGCCGGUGAUCGUCGGCGGUACAAACUAUUACAUUGAGGCUCUGCUGUGGAAGGUGCUGCUGGACGAAGUGCCGGGCGUCGAGGCUGGCUGGCGCCGGAUGCACGACUCGGCCGCCGACUUGCAAAAGCUGCUUCCGAAUCUGGACGAAGAGAGUCCAGCAGCGCUCUAUGCCGAGCUCCAGCGCAUCGAUCCCGUCAUGGCCAGUCGGCUCCAUCCAAACUCGGCGCGCAAAGUGCGCCGAAGCAUUGAGGUGUUUCACCAGUAUGGACAAAAGCACAGCGACAUUCUCAAGUCGCAGCACAACGUUGUGCAAUCGCUUGCGACUGGAGGGGUUGACGCCCUGACUGCCUCUUCCUCGGACGGGUCGCGGCCUCCUCCACGGUUUGCCCGCACCGCAAUGAUCUGGAUUGACUGCGAGCAGUCCGUGCUCGACGAGCGACUGGACAACCGAGUCGUGGACAUGGUAUCGCAGGGCCUGAUGGACGAACUCCGCGGCUUCUUCCGUGCCUGGCAUCAGCGCUACCCUGCGCCUGACGGCCAGGCAUUUGCUCAGAUGAACUUUGCCAAGGGGAUUCUUCAAGCGAUUGGCUUUAAAGAGUUUGAUGAUUUAUUCAAGUCCGAGUGGCUGCAGGCCGCUUCUUCCUCGAACAGCAGCAGCAGAAGCAGGAGCAACCCCGAACAGCCUCCCGCGCUCGCGGCGGCCGACCAGGCUGAUGGCACUUCGCGAGCACGUCGAAAAGGCGAUUCGCCAGACACAUGGUCGGCCAACGACGGCGCUCCGCAGAUCAAGCGAUCGCGCACGUUGAGUGGAAGCCGCGGCGCGUCGGCAGUCUCCAGCCAGCAACAGCAGUUGGACGACGCAUUGGCCGAAAUGAAACGGGCCACGCGCAAAAUUGCCCGACCCCAUUCUGGCUUCGCGACGCCAGCACCGUCUCGAGCUCGCCAAGACGACGAUACCGUCAUCGCCCUACCAGCCUGUCGAAAUGGUCAAGCACGUGUGCAAGCUGUGCCAGCGCGAUUUGUACGGCGCGGACGCGUGGAAGAGUCACAUUGA